AUGGCUGCCUUCUUCCAGUCCUUCCGAACCUCGAGCAUGCCCAAGAGGCUGCUUCGCUAUGCCCUCUCGCGCCUCGAGAUCCUCGACGCCGAGGCCCUCGAUGUGGAGAAUCUCGACUUUGCCCUCGGCAGGAACACCGUCUUCGAGUUCAAGGAUGUCGCCAUAAAACUCAAGGUAUACCGAUGCCCCGGCACGCCCUUGCCUCGGCAAGCUCCUGCUGACCACCCGCAGCGGCUUGAGAAGCUUCUCAAGCUUCCCGCCACCUUCAAACUGCAAAGAGCCAAAGUCCUGCUGCUUCGAGUCACCAUCCCCAUGGAUUUCUACACGAGCCCCAUCAUCAUCGAGAUCGACGGUGUUGAUGUGAGGCUCGCCAUCGUCGGAUCCGACGCUCAACCCCCGACGGCGCCCGCUCCCCAAGACGACGCCGACGCCGUGCCCAAUACCGUCGACCUUGCCCAGUCGUUCCUGCAGACGCAGCCCUCCUCGGAGAGGAAACAGCUGGAAGAGGCUCUGGUGGCGGAGACGCAUGAUCUUGCCGCCUCCGUCUCCGUCAGCGAUGACGGCAGCGAAGACGAACCGGCCUAUGGCACCGGCCAGGCCCUGUCGUUGCCCGACUUUCUCGCCGGCUUUUUGCAAGGCAUAAUUGACAGGAUGCAGAUCAGCAUCAAGGGCGUCAGCUUCCAGCUCGACAUGGAGGUACCAUCCGACGUUAGCGUCACCUCCAUCGACCCAGUGUCAGUCCAGCUUGCUCUCGAGACCAUCCAGGUUGAGGGGGUCACCACGACAAUCCGAACCGACGGAGAGGAGCAUCGGCCAGUUUCCAUCCCGAAAGAGGGCAAACGUCUGGUCUCCCUGGCGAACAUUCGUGCGUAUCUGAUAUUGGAAGCCAAUGUAUUCUCCGUCUUCAGCAGGUGUCCCUCGAUCGCUUCACCCUCGGUCACAUCCUCUCCGAUUAUGACGCGAAAUCCGCCAUCGAGACAAUGCAGCUCAUUAUCGCAGGGAAGCUUUCGCGAGCAGCCUAUGGUCUCUCUUCAGCAGAGUUUCCGAGAGCAUCUCUCCGACGAGGGGGAAUCGUUCGAUACCAAACACCGGCUUGCCGACAGCGAGGAUGCGCUUGGCAUCCCGUACGACUUUUACGAGAGCAGAGAGGCCGACGAUGAUAGCCCGCCCACCCCGCGGCUUUCUGCUCUCCACGAUUCAGUGUUGCCGGACGAUUCCCUAUUUCACUCCACUUUUAAUGCCGCUCCUCAAUCUUCAUCCUCCGGAACCUUUCGUGAGGAGCAGAUGCAGGAUGCUCUAAUUCCGGAGACUUUGAGGUUAAGCCUCGGUCAGGAUCCCCCCCCGAGACGUAUGUAUGCCGAACCAGCGGAAAGUAGCCAUGGUCAGCCACAGUCUCCCACAGCAGAGAACACGUCCAAAACAAGCUCAUCCUCCGAAGCAAGCCCCACGGCCGAUCUCGCAGAGUCCCGUCUAUACACUCACGAGGAAGCGGAGAGCAUGUAUAUGAGCGCCUUCUCCAGUGCAGAGAAUCUCCCGUCAAUGGCGUCGCGCCUUGUGUCGAAUGCCGGAGAAUUGGGAGACGUGACGCCGACGUCGCCAGCUAUGCCUGGAGCUUGGGGUGACGAGCCGGAAGGACACAUGCCGAAAAGGCGCGUGCCACCGCCGAUGCUCGAGUCGGAGACUCCUCUCCCAGGUGCGCGACAGGUUGUCGCAAGCGGCCCGGAAAGUGCAGGUUCCUCGCCUGCAUUUAGCAAGGCUUCUAUUGCGCGAGCACCCGCCCCCGAACCUGUGCCGUCUGCAUAUGAAGGGCCUCAUGACGAUUUUGCAACACCAAAAGGGCCAACCCGUGUCGCCAAGGAAAUACUGUCUCUCAAAAGCGCAUCCAUCUACAUACCUUCGCAUCAUCAAUCUGUUCCAGUUCAGACGACAUCGGAAUCGAUUGCCCAUCUGUCACAGACUCUGGGAACGUCAAUUUUCCCCCAGGCUCCAGGCGCCUUCUCCGUCCAUCGCCCUGCACCCUCUGUCGACGAAUUGACGGCGGCACAGCCCACUUCGGAAGCAGUCCAUGACGGGACCUUGGAGGUGCUGCUCUCCCCUCUCGCCGUCAGCUUUGAUGCCUCAGUGGGUUUCCUGCUCGCCAUGGUCUUUGACAGACUCCUCAAGGCCGCCAAGGAUGGAUUUCCGGCGUCGGAUAACUCUCUCCAUGACCCGCAAAAGAACCCCCCCCGAGCAGCUCCGGAAAUAAAGGUCCAAGUCGAGGAGAUCUCACUCAACUUCCUGAAUCGCCUCGGCGGUGUUGCCGACACAUCGGAGCGCUACCUAGACCCCUCCGCUUUCAUAUUCGACCAGGACGUUCUGCUGAACGCCACGAUGCGGAAUCUUGAUGUAUCUAUCGCUCCAGUAGCCCUGACUUCAACUGCCACAGGCUGCAAAGCACCAGACCGAGAGGCUGUCGUGACCAAGGUGGGCGUGGAAAAGUUUCGUUUCGGCUACGCCAGCGGUGAUCUGGUAUCUUUUGAUAGCGAGAGACCCAUGAGCACCUCAGUGAGGGACACGUUUCUUUCCACCGGACACGACAUUGGCAUCAAAAUGGUGCAGACGGCCACGUCGACCUCCAUUGACGUUGAGACGCUACCACUCGUCGUUCAGAUCGACCUGCAACGUCUGGAUGAGACCUUUGGCUGGUUUGGUGGACUGAGCAGCUUUCUUAAUAUGAACGUAUCGAAGACUUACCCCUCACCGACCACAAAAUCUGUCGCAACACCGGCGCAGAGGAGAGGUGUUCACUUCGAGACACCCAUCGACCCCGAGGACAAGUCCGCAACGGCUCAAAACAAGGUCAACGUCCGCAUCGGAGGUGCCCUCGUUGAGCUUGUGGGUAGAGAUUGUAGCGUGGCGGCCGAGACGAACGCCAUCAAACUCGUCAGCCGCGACGAAGGCAUCGGCGUUGCCUGCAGUCAUAUCCGUGUCUCCGGACCGUACCUGAAGAAUUCUCUCGCCGAGCCGGCUAUCGCAACAGAGGUCGGUGGUGUGCGGUUGGAGUUUCUUGUGCCUCCCAAAGACAGGGAUCUGGAGAAGCUGCUGGAGCUCAUUAUUCCUUCAAAGGUCAAAUUCGACGUGGGGAGCGACGAGAUUAUGGUCGACACACUGCUCCGGCAGCGACGAAAGGGAUCUGUCCUCCGAGUCACACUCGAAACGGUCAACGUCAAGGUGAGGCAUCUGGGCCUGCUCUCGCCGGCACUCCCGAACCUGGCAGAGGAAAUUGCCAAGCUGUCAGCCGUGGCAAAGUAUCUACCUGAAGACGACCGUCCCGGCCUCCUCACACUGAGCACGCUUCAAAAGGUGGUCGUUGGCGUCGAUGUCGGAGGCAGAGUUGGCCACGUUGGUGCCGAGCUCCGAGACUUUGAGAUCGCGCACAUUUCGGUGCCGUCGCUUGUUGCUGUCGCCGUCGGCGCCGUGUCCGUUCGGCGGAACAAAACAGAGGAGCUCAUCAGUUCGCCAUCGUUCGAUAGUCCGACGGAGUCACAUGACAAGGCACCCAUCCUUAUGGCCCGGAUGAUCGGGGACGAAAUGGAACCUACCGUCAAGCUGAAACUGUACGAAGUACGGAUCGAGUAUCGAGUGCCUACUGUCAUGGACGUGCUUGGCCUCGCCGAAGAUGCUACCCCACAGGACUUUGAGGCGGGACUGGCUGCCUCUGUAGCUAGCCUUGGUGAUCGGGCGCAAAGCUUCAUCCGGCGGCCUCAUUCGCCGACCAUUGGAGAUGUCAAACCGAGCAAACCGAUGACGCUCGACGUUGGCUUGCGCGACUGCCUCAUUGGCCUGAACCCGCUGGAUUUGACGUCGAAGAUGGUGGUGGCCCUGACGGAAGCGCACCUGCAGACGACGUUGCCCAAGGACGGCAAAACGACCGUGACAAUGGAUAUCAACAAGGCAUCGAUACUCCUGACGGACGACGUGUCUCAGAUUGGAUCUGGCGCCGCAUCUCCGGAAGCGAGACGUCUGUCGCUGUCCGCCGUCUCCGCUCAGGUUGCCGACAUGUGCGCCAAGGGAUUCGUAAACAUUUGCUACAUCUCAUCCGCAAGCGUUGCCGCAAGGGUGAAGCCUGCAACUGACGGCAGCGACGGUAAACAAGUCGAAGUGGAUCUGCGAGAUGACUUGCUCGUGCUCGAGACUUGCGCCGACUCGACCCAGACCCUCAUCACUCUCGCAAACGCGUUGAAGCCGCCCACGCCCCCGAUAAAGGGAAACAAAUAUCGGACCAAGGUGGUCCCUAUGCAGGAUCUCUUGGCAUCCAUAUCCGCCGAGGCAUUUGGGAAGCCGGAAGGCGAGUACGACUUUGACCAAGAUUUUGCCGGAGCGCAAGAAAUGGCAGGCAGUGACUCGGACCUCGGUUAUGGAAACGACUCGUUGCAUGUCGAAUCGCAAUACUACGGUGAGGGAUCCGUCGCCGAAGAGCUUUUUGACGCAACGAGCGACUCUGGCAUGCAGGAUACGGCAGAAGGGGUGUUGCUCACUGGCUUUGAUCGCUCUCACAGCACAUCGUCCGAGCAAGACAGCGACGGCCUGGUAAUCCAUGAGGACUUUUACGGACAUGACGAAAGCGGCUCGUCCCACCCUCCCAAGCUAUGGAACUCGAACAUGAACACAUACGAUGAAGCGCCGGAGAGUCUCGUCGUCGCGAGCCCCCUCAAAGUCUCCGUUCGGGACGUCCAUGUCAUCUGGAACCUCUUCGACGGCUACGACUGGGCUCAUACGCGUGAUGUCAUAUCCAAGGCAGUUGAGGAUGUCGAGUUCCAGGCUACCGAGCGGCAAUCGCGUGGCGGUCUGCAGGCCUACGAGGAAGAGAACGAAGAUGAGGAGACGAUUGGCGACUUUUUGUUCAACUCCAUUUACAUUGGCAUACCCGCGAACCGUGAUCCUCGCGAGCUCACCCGCGCAAUCAACGAGGGACUCAACGACAACACUACAGAUACCGAGUCGGUUGCGACGACGGCCUUUACCGCCGUCACAAACAAGUCCGCCCGACGGCAACCGAGGGCGAGGCGCCUGAGGCUCAACCGCAGCAAGCAUCACAAGAUCACGUUUGAGCUGCAGGGGUUAAGCGUCGACAUGGUCACUUUCCCGUCGGAAUCGGAGUCCGAGACGCUAAGCAGCAUCGAUGUUCGGAUCCAAGCUCUUGAUAUAUUUGACCACGUGCCGACGUCAACAUGGAAAAAGUUUGCCACGUACGAUCAGGAUCAGGGCGAGCGGGAGUUGGGCAGUAGCAUGGUGCACCUCGAGAUACUGAAUGUGCGGCCCCUUCCGGAGCUGGUGGCGGCGGAAAUCAUCCUGCGCGCGACUUUACUGCCGUUGCGGCUGCACGUGGACCAAGACGCCCUCGACUUCAUCACCCGCUUCUUCGAGUUCAAGGACGACAAGAUGCCGGUCCAUGCGUCUCCGAGUGACAUUCCGUUCGUUCAGCGAGCAGAGAUCAACGAUGUGCCCGUAAAGCUGGACUUCAAGCCAAAGCGAGUCGACUAUGCCGGAUUGCGGUCGGGUCACACCACGGAAUUUAUGAACUUUGUCGUGCUCGAAGAGUCGCGCAUGGUGCUACGGCACGUCAUCAUCUAUGGAGUCUCGGGCUUCGACCGCCUGGGCAAGACGCUCAACGACAUAUGGAUGCCCGACGUCAGAAACAAUCAGUUACCGGGUGUCGUGGCCGGCCUCGCGCCCGUCCGCUCCCUGGUCAACAUUGGGAGCGGUUUCCGAGACCUGGUCGAGAUUCCUCUGCGGGAGUACCAAAAAGAUGGCCGUGUGAUCCGCAGCAUUUCAAAGGGAGCGGCGGCCUUUGCGCGAACGACGGGCACGGAGCUCGUCAAGCUGGGGGCGAAGCUUGCCGUCGGCACACAGUACGCGCUCCAGGGCGCUGAGGAGAUGCUUAUGGACAAGCGGCAGGACGUGCAAGGCAGUUGGGAGGAUGGCGACCUCGACGCCGAGGACCGGAAGCAGAUAUCGCUCUACGCAGACCAACCGACGGGCGUGUUGCAGGGCCUUCGUGGUGGCUUCCGGUCACUCACGCGCGACGUGAACUUGGCACGCGAUGCCAUAAUUGCCGUACCCGGCGAGGUCAUGGAGAGCCAAUCGGCGACGGGACUCGCGAAGGCCGUGUGGAAGAGGGCGCCAACCAUCAUCUUCCGGCCCGCCGUCGGCGUGACCAAGGUUUUUGGGCAGACGCUGAUGGGAGCGACCAACUCGAUCGACCCACACAACAGAAGACGGAUCGGCGAGGUAAGCUUACACUGCAGGGAGCGCCUCUUCAUUUGUUGCUAA